ACAUCAGAUUUUUCACACUGCCCUUUAGAAUGUGAUAGAAACUUGUAGGUAGCCAGUGACAGAAAUCUCUAUCAGCCUUGCCAGUCAAAUGAUUGGUCAAAUGAUAGUCACUGUUCUUGCAGGAUUUGUAGAAAAAAAGCGCGUGAUUGCAAGCAAUUCAACCAACGAAGCACAAUGCGAAAAUGACAGGGAAAGCAGUGAAACUGAAACUCAGACAGGACUAAAACGAAAAUUUCGUUCUGAGUGGUUGCAACAAUUUACAUGGCUUCGAAAUAAUAAUGGUUUAGGCUUUUGUAUCGCCUGUGAGAGGCCAAUAUGCAACAACGUAAGUUUUUUAAAACAACACGCAACUUUUCGCAUGCAUGUCCAAAAUGUUGAGAAGAAAAAACAUCAGCUUAAAAUUGAUUCUUGUAUGAACCAAGAAAAUACAAAAUUCAUGAAACAAGUACACCAUGCAGAACUCACAUUGGUGAUGUUCUUAAUAUACCACAAUUUACCCUUCGUGCUUAUGGAUUAUUUACCGGAACUUUUAGUAGAAUGUUGCUGUGACUCAAAGAUUGCAAAGUCAAUCAAAUGUGGAAGAACGAAAGCAACUGAAUUAGCAGAUUUAUUGGGUAAUACAGCAGCAAAAACAAUUUUGGCUCAAUUGAAAACAACAAAGUUUUCGCUGAUCGUCGACGAAUCGACUGACGUUUCUAGCAAAAAGUCAUUAGUUUUAGUUGCGAGAUAUAUGGAUAAGUUAGCUCGUAAGGUCAAAGACAGAUUUCUCGGGUUAAUUGAGUUAAGUGAUUGUAAUGCGAGCUCUAUAUAUGCGUCCAUAAAAUUUUUUUUUGAUAAACAUGAAAUUCCAAUGGCAAACCUUAUAGGUCUUGCGACCGAUGGCGCAAGUGUUAUGGCUGGAGAAAUUAACGGCUUGCAAGCAAUAUUUAAAAGAACCACCGACCUAUUUUAUAUGAAAUGCAGUUGCCACUCACUACAUUUGUGCUCGUCGUAUGCUUGUAAAAAACUUCCAUUGGAAAUCGAAAAACUUUGUCGCAAUAUAUAUACUUUUUUUCACACAGCUCAAAGAGGAUAUCCGAAUUCAAAGAAUUCCAAGAAUACUGCUCUGUUAAGCCCCAUAAAAUAUUAGGAGUUUCAUUAACAAGGUGGCUUGCACUCGAGCAAGUAGUAAACCGUAUA